CAGGGCUGAUAAUUGGGGAUGGGGGCGGGGCUGCAUCUUGAAAGCUAAGCUGAGGUCUGUGAGGUUUCCUUUACACUGUACUGCGAGAGCUAGCUACGAGCUGCACACAUCAUGGCUACCAAUAUACUGUUGACUACAGACUCCUAUAAGGUGACCCACCACCUCCAGUACCCUCCUGGCACUGAGCUCGUCUACUCGUACUUUGAGAGCAGAGGAGGAAAGUUCUCAGAAACCGUCUUCUUUGGUCUGCAGUACAUUCUCAAGAAACACCUUGUGGGGGUUGUGGUGACCCGGGAGAAGAUAGAGGAGGCAGCUGCCGUGAUGGACGCCCACCUGGGACCAGGACUCUUCAACAAGAAAGGUUGGGAGUACAUCCUGGAGAAGCAUGGCGGCCGACUACCUCUGAGGAUCAGGGCCGUGCCAGAAGGGACGAUCGUACCAAACAAGAAUGUGCUCUUCACUGUUGAAAACACUGACCCCAAUUGCUUCUGGCUAUCUAACUAUGUUGAGGGCCUGCUGGUGCAAGUGUGGUAUCCACUCACUGUCUGUACUAACUCACGAGAGCAAAAGAAGAUUAUUGCAAAGUAUCUGUCAGAGACAGCGGAUAGUUUGGAUGGUCUGCCAUUCAAGCUCCAUGACUUUGGGUUCAGAGGGAGCACGUCGGUCGAGUCAGCUGCAGUGGGUGGGGCCUCUCACCUCGUUAACUUCAGGGGUUCUGACACUAUCCCUGCACUCAUCAUGGCAAAAGAUUAUUACGGGCAGGAGGAGGUGGCCGGAGUGUCCAUACCUGCAGCAGAGCACAGUACAAUAACAGCAUGGACACAGUCGGGAGAGGUGGACGCAUUCAGGAACAUGCUCAUACAGUUUAAAGAUGGAGCAGUCGCUUGCGUCAGUGACAGCUACAACAUUUGGGAGGCGUGUGAGAAGCUGUGGGGUGGUGAGCUGAAGGAUCUGGUGAUGGGGAGGGGGCAGAGGGGGGUGGGGCCACUAGUCAUACGACCAGACUCAGGAGACCCGGCAACAGUUGUUGUCAAGGUCCUAGACACUCUGGGAGGAAAGUUCGGGACCACUCUCAACAGCAAGGGCUACAAGAUGCUCCCUGACUACCUUCGAGUCAUUCAGGGAGAUGGUAUCAGCUACGAGUCUCUGUCUGCCAUCAUGGAACACAUGAAGGCCAACCAGUGGAGUAUCGACAACCUGACCUUUGGGAGUGGAGGGGCUCUACUGCAGAGGCUACACAGAGACACUCAGAAGUGUGCCUACAAGUGCAGUUAUGCCAUCAUCAAUGGAAAGGGUGUGGACAUCUUCAAGGACCCAGUGACUGACCAUGGUAAGCUAUCCAAGAAGGGCAAGUUGUCUCUGGAGUUGGACGAGGGGGGAAAGUUGGUGACCAGGACACAGGGAACUGGAGACCCUCACAAGGAUGUGAUGGUGACAGUGUUUGAGAAUGGAGAGCUGCUUAAAGACUACAGCUUCAAGGAAGUGAGGGCAAGGGCUGAAAUACCUCAGCUCAAGUCCACCUAAUCGGCGUUCCGCUACAGUCCCAAUUACAAAUGGAACUAUAAUUAUAGUAGCUUGAAACAAGAACUAGCUAUAAUUAUAGUAUAUAGAUCUAGAAUCGCUGAUUUUUAUAUUAAUGUUGUUCGCACCCUCGGUCUCUUUCGCUAAUUAUUAUUAUUGUGACCACCCCCC